CCCUAUAGUCCGACCUUGCUUUAACAAUUAAGCCACGUAAUAUUUCAUGACUAAUGUUUACCAGGACGACCUUAUAAAUAACAAACAUUUAAGUAAAUGUUUAGAAUAGUACCUAAAAUCGCAUAACAAGAAAGUCACCAUGCUGCGUGUGUGUGUAGUUUUUCUUACUUUUCUAGUGUUUUCGUCUAUUAUCAACGCUGCUCCAAAGUUCAAAUCAGACAUAAAGAGCUGCUACAAAGAACCGUGCCCAGAGGAUACCUUCGCAUGUGAAAAGACUAGUAAAAUUUCACCAGACCGAAAACAUAUUUUACACGAGAUUCAUUGUCUCGGACUGAAGGAUGAUAUCUUAAAAAAUAUAACCAGUUCUGUGCCAAAUUCCUUUGGUCCACGCAUUAUCUACGCAAGUUAUCAAUACAGUGGUAACUAUGAAAUAAUUCACACCAAUACCGAAUCCGAAGUUACCCCUAGUACAGCUAAGAAAAAUAAGGACUUUGAAGAAAUAGAUUUUAAUCAUAUUGGUAAAGAAAUUCCAAAGACAGAAAAUCAUGGGUUUUCAGAAGUUGAUGAUCUAAAUAGAGAAGCGGAAAUUAUCUAUUAGUAUUUUUUUGAAUAAUAAUAAAUUAAUAUAAUAUCAGAUUUAAACUGUAUAACUUUAAUAACUUAUAAAAUUUUAUUGUAAGUUUUAAGCUUUAGGUAAUAAAUAAUAAAAAGUAA